AAAUUGUAAUUACACUCAAGUUACAGUUGUAAACUUAAUAUUUACAGCAAUUGAACUAUUGGAUAAUUUAUUGUAAAUAUCAGUUUUAUACCUUUUAAAAAAAAAAUUAUAUUGAUAAUAAAUUAUUAACUACUAAAUUUAUGGAGGUACCGUAAAUACAUUUUUAAAAAUGAUUCUUUUGUAGCUAAACAAUAGUUCUAAUAAAUUAUUUCACUUGUUCUUUGCUUACAUUUAUUUAUAAUUAGUGUUUAAUGGACUUAAUUUUAAAAUGAGGAAGUAUCAACAGCUGUUCCUAGUGAUCAUAUCGUUUGUAAGCAUCUUCUCAUUGCUUACCUACAGGUAUGAAUACAUGAAACUUUUAAACGUCCUGGAGGUUCUGAACUUCUUCGGUUACCCGACAGAUGGUCUGGCCAAUUGUACUAUACUAAAUGAAACGUUUUACGCCGAUCUCGAGAAUGAUAACCGAUUUGCCAAACCACCUGUUACAUGGACGAAAAUAGAUCAAUAUUUUGCAUAUUCUGCAUUUUGGUCAAAUGAAGACAAAAUGGCUUUCAUAACAAUGUUGGGUCCUAAAACGGCCUUCUCAGGAUUCGAUUGUCGUAUUUGGUUUAGACUCGCUGAUCAUUACAUAUCCAGCCCAGGAUCGUUUUCUUACGAUAUACUGCCCAACGUCCAUAACAACGACUUUCAUCAGUACAAAGUUCUUUGUAAGCCAAGCGAUGUUCCAUUAGAUACAACACCCUAUGGAAUUUUGCUGGGACGAGAAAAUUCAUUAAAGCUCUUUGUUCCGUUGAGAACACAAGAUGAAGCCAGACGUGAUAACGACAACUUGGUAAUUUGUGUUGCACCAGAUUAUUCUGGUGUACCGGAUACAGAUUUGGUCGAGUUUAUUGCCUAUCAUAUCUUAUUGGGCAUCCGCCAUUUCAUCAUCUAUGAUAUUGGAAUCCACCAUCAGGUCUUAAAUUUCUUACAUUCAAUCGCUGGCCGAAAAGGAAUACAUAAAACUUUGUCUACCCUCUCUUGGCAGUUUCCAGUUGUAGACAAUGAUUUGGAAAAGUCAGUUUUACUCAAAGAUUGCACAAUGAGGACACAAGGUCUAACCAAACAUAGGAUUUUACUAUCAUGGAAUGAAUAUCUAGUGUUUAAUAAAGAUAGACAUUUCAUUAACAUCGAUCAAGAUGACACAGACUACGCUUUCGAAAUUAAAACGUGUUGUUCUAAACGUCAAAUUAAGAAAUCGUGGCCUAUAGCUUUGAGGAAAACUCUUUGUGUACGAACAAAUGAAACAUUGACAAUCGCGAACGGUAGCGGAAAAAUGUCAAAUCAGUCUCCGUUGAUUGCCGGGUCCAUUCACAAGUUGGAAGACAUGUGUAAAAAUAUCAUAGGCAAAGACGACAAAAGCAUGGCUAAAUAUAUGACUGAUUUUGUUAAUAGCAAACUUUUAAAUUUGUGGAAAUCUCAUGUACAAUAUUCCAUUAUGCGUACGAAAAAUUAUAAUACUUUUAUAAACUAAUCGAUAAGUUAUUCCUGAUUUUGAAAUUUUUGUUUUUUUUAAUUUAAUACAUUUUUACAAAAGUAAAAAAAAUUACAACUUUUAUAGUUAUUAUUAUAGAAACA